AUGGAUGACGAGAGUUUAGCGUAUAAUUUUUGGCGCAUGCGACGAACUGCUUUACACAUGUGUCAUGAUCGUGGCUAUAUUGUCGGUCAAGAUGAACUCGAUCAAACAUUUGAGCAAUUCAAAGAUACGUUUGGUGAUAAGCCCAGUGAAUCCAAACCAGCUCGAUCACAUUUAACUAUUAUGGUUGCACACAAUGAUGAUCCGACGAAUUUAUUAGCCGUACGUUUCACUGAUAGCAGUAAAAAAGUUGGUGUUGCUGAGGUGAAAGAAUAUUUGCAUCGAAUGGAGGAUGAAAAUCUAACCAAUACAAUACUCGUUGUUCAAAUAGGUUUAUCUCCAGCUGCUCGUGAUCUUAUACAAAACGGUCUCGAAAAUCAAAAGAUUCACAUUCAAGUCUUUCUUGAAGAUGAAUUAUUAGUGAACAUCACCGAACACAAUCUCGUUCCAAAGCAUGUGAUAUUAACUCCGGAUGAAAAGCAAGAACUAUUGCAAAGAUAUCGACUCAAGGAAAGUCAACUACCUCGUAUUCAAUCUGGAGAUCCUGUUGCGCGCUAUUUUGGUUUAGCCCGUGGUCAAGUUGUUCGAAUUACACGAGCAUCCGAAACAGCCGGCCGUUACAUAACAUACCGUUUGGUGACAUCUUGCUCAUUUGCUAUGACGAAACAAUUAGAAGAUUUGCCGAACGAGCUUAUAUGGCUCAUUGUAGAAUACGUCUCCCCUAUUGAUGGAUUCGUUGCAUUUUUCAAUCUUAAUCAACGCUUCAACCAAAUUCUUCGUUCGAUACAUUUUCGCUUUAAUUUACAGUACGUCUCCCAAACGCAAUAUAAUUAUUACCUUCGUACACUUCUUCCGAACAUCAAACUCACCUGGAUUGAAUCAUUGUCUGUCGAUGAUAUCACCAAUCGUCUUGACUCCAUUAGACUUUCGUGUUGUCUACGAUCAUUAACUCUUCAUCAUUUACGAACGGAGAGUAUAAACCAUUUCGCAAAGCACAUUCUGCCUGAUUUACAACAAUUGGAACGUUUGUAUUUACAUUCGGAAUAUGUAUUACAGGAUGAAGAUGUCAAUUGUUUAUCAGCUGUGAUUUUCAGUGAACAGAUUGCUUCAUUGACGCAUUGUCAGUUAGCAUUUCAAGAUUUUGGUUGUAUGAAUUUCAAUCAUUUGGCUGCUACGAAUAGAAACGUCACAUUGAAAACUUUGAUUAUUGAUCAAUGGUGUCGAUUAAAUGAUUUCACUAAACUACUUCUUCUCACACCCAACAUUCGUCGACUAACAGUUCGAUUGUUCGAUAUUAAUCCAAAAGCAACUGUUGAUUCAUCGUCGCUGACAGUCGAUGAUUUCGCUACUCUUGCACCAAAUCUAGUUUAUCUGCGUGUAAAGCUCUCUCGGAUAUCAUUUUCCAAUGCCACAAAAGUUCUCUUUUAUCGAUUGCCAACUCAACUUCGUGAAUUGUCGCUUUCAACCUGGUCGAUCGAGUACGCGAACGGUGAACAUUGGGAAACGAUCCUUUCCUCUCGAUACCCAAAUUUGAAACAAUUUCGUUUAAUUAUUUCUCUCGAUCGCAUUCCCCUCAACCUUACAAUAACGAUCAAUAAGGAUCUCGACAAUAUCGUCAAAUCAUUUAAUCAAUCGAAAUAUUUCCUUGAUCAUCAUUGGAAUGUUUUGAUUAACAUCAACGAACGUGAUCGACUGAAAUUCGUUCUACAUACAACCCCUUAUCCCAUCGAAAAUUUCCAAACGACAUUGUAUAAUAUUCGUCGUUGCACAGCAUCACCAGCGGUAAUUCAAUCGGCGUACUCUCACGUAACAAAAUUAACUUUAACAUUGCAUGAUGAUAUUCCACAUAGAACAGAUCACUACAAAGAAUAUCGCAGUUUCUCUCGCGUUGAAGAACUGAUUUUUCUGUCGAAUUUAACAAAUGACCGUCAAGAAUUCUCUACGGAUAACUAUUUUCGAGAUUUACAAACAACAGUCAAUCUAUCUACUGUCAAAUCAUUAAGCUUCCUCGAAGAAGUACAUCAAUAUCCAAUCCAAUUAAUAAGGUUACUUUUGGAAAAUUUGCCGAAGCUUUGCUCGUUAACUCUUUCUCAUCGACUUUAUGUUUGUCUGAAACCACGCUUGCUCAGUUCUUUGAAACAAUUAACAUUAAUCUUCGUUACGUAUUCAUCUGUUUCACUACCUGCUGUACAGAUGCAACAGUUAUUACCACCAAGCCUCACUUUGACCAAUAAGUUAAUCCUUGACCUUGUACAACAUGCGUCAACAACCAAUUUACAAACGUUAUCAUUGCUUAUGUCAUUCGAAAACAGCUUUCCCGAUGAAAUCAUCCUUGAAAUAUGUCGGUAUUUGCAUCCAAUCGAUAUUCUGUUAUCAUUUGCUGGUCUCAAUCAACGAUUGAAUGGAACGAUUAGUGAUUUUAUUCGUCAUGUUCAUUUAUCGUCGACAAUUUCCUAUGAAAAAUAUUUUUAUCUUCUUCGAACAAUACUUCCAUCGAUUUGGUCGUCAAUCGAAUCGUUAACAAUCAAUAAUUAUCAAAUACCCUGCUUAACCACAUCAUUUUUAGAUUAUACGGAUCGGAUUUUACCGUCGAAUUUGAAACGAUUGUGUCUUCUACAUUUAAACAUAAAUGAAACUUACCAUUUUAUCAGUCGAUUGAUGCAUCAAUGUGUUGUCGAAGAACUCGUUAUCGAAUGUAUGGACAGUGAUUUCGUUAAUCAGCAAGAAUUGUAUGGAUAUCGCAUCGCUCAAAUGCUCUUCUAUUGUCAUCCGACAUUGAAAUCGAUAGAAUUACGUGGUGAAAUUCUAUUUGAUCUCAACCAUCUCUCAUUUCUAUCGUUGUCAUCGAGUGACGACGCAAAUCUCGGCCUAGAUGCUUGUCGUUUAUCCGCCCUUCGUCGUUUAACAAUUCCACUUCGAUCACUGAGUAGUUUACAUUUACUUCUCAUUUAUCAGCCAUGUCUGGAAUAUUUGAAUGUACAUGUCGGUGAUGGUAAAUGUACUUAUGAUUAUAAAAUUCGGCCAUUUCCUCCAUUAUUCAAUCUUCGUGAAUUUCAUUUUCGUUCAGAAGAUUUAGUUAUAAAAUUCAAUGAUCUUGUCGAACUUCUGGUUUAUUUUCCCAAUUUGAAAUCUUUAUCACUCGAUUUAACCACAGAAUGUCUCGCAUUCUUUGAUGGUGAUCUUCUUCAAACAAUGGUUCAAUCCCUUGAUUCAUUUCAAUUUUCUAUUGCACGGUUUUCUCCUCCUACAUCCGAAGAACAAACUUUAUCGACAUUCUACACUCCGUUUUGGUUGCAGACAAAACAAUGGUAUACUCAAUGCUAUUGGCACAAUGAUGAAGAGAAUAACGAUGCGGAUUAUUUUCAUAUUUAUUCUGCACCAUUUCCAUUUACUGAAUUCGAUGUUUAUAAAUGUACAAAUGAAAAUCUCGUACCGAAAGAUCAAAUUCCAUCAUUUUCACAAGUCAAACGACUGGAACUAAGUGAAACAAGCGAUGUCAAUGCCAUACUGUUCUUACGGCGAUGUCCAAAUAUUCGUACGAUUUGUCUCAACGAUGUCUAUGACGACGAUGAGAACUAUGGCACUGACGAAGAAGAAGAUAUUAUGGAUCAAAUUGCUGAAAAUGUGACAAGCAGUGACCUACAAACAAAUAAUUCUUCGCAGUCGACACUACCUGUAUUACCCUACAUCCGUGAUAUAAGCAUCCUCGCACUACCCGAUCAUGAUCUUGGCUUUUUUCAACGUUUGUUGCAUGCCUCACCAAAUGCCAGUCAAUUGAGCGUCUAUUUCGAUGAUUUGAUUGAAAUAAUUCAAACUGCACAACAAAAUCUGUUGCAAAUCCUUCAACAACAUAUUUAUCAAUUAAAAAUUAAUUUCGAUUAUCUUUGGCUGAUAUCAGAUAUUCGUCGUGACAUUCCGAAAAUUCUCCGUGUUUUUUCUCGUAUUAACGUCUUAACCAUAUCACUUCAUGAGGGACAAAGACGCACAUUACUUACCGUGAAGGAACUUCUGACUUAUGUUUUCAAACAUCCGUCUGAUCUUCGUUGUAUAAAUGUCAAAAGUCAUUCACCAACGGGAUUUGACGCAAUGAGAAAACAAGGUGAUAUUGAUUUGAUCAAGAUAUGGUUGAGGAAUACGAGUGACUCUCGAUUUAAAUAUGAGAAUUAUUUAAAAGAUUCCAUGAGAGACAAUCAGAAAGUUAAAAUUAAAAAUUAUUCCCAACGUAUUCCACAAUGGAAGAAAAUCGAUCAAGAAAUCCAACAACUAACUCGACAAUAUGAUCAGAUCGAUCCUGGAUCCAUUCAAACAUUCAAUGAUUUACCAUUGAGUCGAAACACUCUUGAAGGUCUUACCAAAGCUGGUUUCACUAAACCGACGGAUAUACAACGAGAAGCAAUUGGAGUCGCACUGCAAGGACGUGAUAUUCUUGGAGCAGCUAUGACUGGCUCCGGUAAAACACUUGCAUUUCUUAUUCCAGUUCUUGAAUGUCUCUAUCGAGCUCGAUGGACAAUGAAUGAUGGACUUGGGAUAUUAAUCUUAUCACCUACUCGAGAACUGGCCUAUCAAACAUUUGAAGUUUUGAGAAAGAUUGGCCAAUUUCAUGACUUUUCGGCUGGAUUGAUCAUCGGUGGAAAGGAUUUAAAAGGUGAACAAGAUCGUAUCAGUCGAACCAAUAUUGUUGUCUCCACACCCGGACGUUUAUUACAACAUUUUGAUGAAACAUGGAACUUUACGUGCGAAAAGUUGAAAAUGUUUAUUAUUGAUGAAGCUGAUCGUACAUUAGACAUGGGAUUUGCCGAAACAAUCCGUUCUAUCGUCUCCAACUUACCAAAUGAGCGACAAACAUUACUCUUUUCUGCUACACAAACAAGAUCCAUUCGGGAACUAUCGUUAGUCAGUUUGAAAAAUCCAGUGUACGUAUCUGCUCAUGAAAAAGCAAAAACGAGUACGCCCGCAAAUCUGACUCAAAGUUACAUCAUUUGUGAAGUACCACAAAAGAUUAGCCUCAUCUGGUCAUUUAUCAAAAAUCAUCUCAAAUCGAAAAUGAUCAUUUUCAUUCAAAGUUGUAAACAGGUGAAAUUUAUCUAUAAUGUAGUAUGUAAACUUCGUCCUGGUUUGCCCGUUCUUGCUCUCUAUGGUACCAUGGGUCAAAUGAAGCGAAUGUCUGUUUAUGAUACAUUCUGUCGGAAACAGUAUGCAUGUUUGUUUGCGACCGACAUUGCUGCACGAGGCUUAGAUUUUCCGGCGAUUAAUUGGGUUCUUCAGUUCGACUGUCCACCAGAUGCAAAUACUUACAUACAUCGAGUCGGACGAACAGCACGGUUUCAACAAGGUGGAGAAGCUUUAUUGAUUCUCACUAAUCGUGAAGAACAAGGAAUGAUUAAGCAACUAGAAGAUAAAAAGGUCCCAUUGCAUAAGAUUGAAGUAAAUCCAAAUUAUAUUCAUGAUUUAACACCCAAACUUCAAGCACUUUGUGCACAAUUUCCUGAGCUCAAAGAACAAGCUAAGCGAGCUUUCACAUCUUAUCUUCGUUCACUCAUUCUGAUGGGAAAUCGAAAAGUAUUCGACGUAAAAUCAAUUGAUACAGAUGCCUUUGCAACAUCCUUGGGAUUAGAGAUUGCUCCGAAAGUUCGUUUCAUGAAGAAAGGGCAAAAACAAGAAGAAGAACAACAACCAUCCACAACAGACGGUGAAAUAAAAGCAGCCGGUGAAAACAGUGACAGAUUUUCGCAUGAAAUCAUCGGUGAAGACGAAGAUGAUGACGAGGAGGGCUGGUUUACUGUCAAAGAGAAGCCAGAAGCACUCGAAGAAAUUUCGAUCGAUUUACCUGCAAAACAGGAUAAAAAUAAAAAAUUAACCAAAGCACAACUAGCUCGAAAAUUAAGAAAGAAACAACUUCAGAUCAAUAAACGUGUUGAAUAUGACGAUGAAGGAAAGGUCAUUGUGCACUCGGAUGACGAAGAUCAAUCGGCCACGUACAAUAUCGAAGAAGCUAAAGCUCGUCUUCAAGAAAUGGAUAGAAAAGACAAAGAAGCUUAUCGAGCAUUGAUCAAGCAAAAGCACAAAGAGCGACGUAGGAAGAACAACAAAAAAGAAGAGCCCGUCGAGGAGACCACUGAGUAA